AUGUCGUUCAUCGCCACCACAGCCGUCGGUCUCCUCCUGGCCUUCCUCCUCCACCGCUUCCUCUCCCCGUCGUCCUCCUCCAAGGGCCCGACGGUCCCCGGCCCCGCCCCGCUGCCGUUCAUCGGCAACUACCACCAGAUCUACCCGUACAUCAAGAGGCGGCAGGGGCGGCAGUUUUCGAUGCGGAUGUUUGGGCAGUAUGGGAGGAUCUAUGGUGUGAGGUUCUUUGGGAAUGCGGUGGUGGUUGUCGGGGAUGCGGCGGUUGCGAAGAGGGUGUUGACGGAUAAGGAGGGGUUUUAUAGGGAUAACAUGUUCCAAAAGAUGCACAAGGGCAUCGCGCACUACGCGCUCUUCACGCUCCCGUCGGGCGACGUGUGGCACAAGCACCGCAAGUUCAUGCAGCCGUCGUUCGGCCCGACGCACAUCCACAACACGGCGGUGAUCGCCAACGCCAUUGCCAACGCGCUGUCCGACACCUGGGCAGCGUACCCCGCGGGGCACGCGUUCAACGUCAACUACCAUUUCGCGUGCCUGACGCUGGACGUGAUCGGGCGGUUGGCGUUCUCGUACGAGUUCAAGAUGGUGGAGACGCUCGCGGACCCCACGCACACGUCGUCGGCGUCGCUCCUGCACGUCUUUGAGGAGAUCGUGACGACCAUGUCUGCGCGGUACGGCGCGCCGGAGGUCACGUGGCCGGUCCUGGGGAUCUCGACCCGGAACAUCCAGGGGCAAGUGUCGCGGGUCCGGUCGAUCAUCCUCGAUGUUGUGAAGCAAAAGACGAGUCUGAUUCGGGAUGGGCGGUAUAGCCCGCGCGAGGGCGUGCCGCUGGAUAUGCUGGACCGGCUGAUCCAGGCGACGACGGGGCAGGCGCGCGUGCAGUUCUCGACGGAGGAGAUGGUGGAUGAGGUGUAUGCGAUCUUUGGGGCGGGGUCGGAGACGACUCAGAACACGUUGACCUUUUGCGUGCUGACGCUCGCUCAACAUCCGGAAUGCCACGACAAGGUCGCUGAAGAGCUCGACGCUGUUCUCGGGGCUUCCGGUGAAGUCACGUACGAGUCCCUCGCGCGCCUCACGUACCUCUCCGCCUUUAUCCGCGAAACCAUGCGCCAGUAUCCUGUGGCGGGGGCGGUCGCGCGCAAAGCGGCAAACGACGUUGAGAUUCUGGGGUACCAUAUCCCGAAAGACACGCGGGUGAUUGUCAAUAUCCGGUACAUCCAGAACGAUAGUCAGUACUGGAGUAAAGGGGAUGCGGAGUUGUUUAGGCCUGAGCGGUGGUUGAAUGAUGAAGUGAAUGCGGAUUCGCCGUGCUUUUUGCCGUUCGGGGAUGGGCCGAUGAACUGCAUCGGGCAAAAGAUCGCGCUAGCCGAACUCAGGACGGUGGUGGCGGUGCUCGCGCGGAAAUGGAGGUUUGAACUGGUGGCGGGCCAAGAAGUGGAGCCUGUUGAGACGAUCACGACGGGGUUGAAGGACGGGUUGUUUGUUCGAGUUACGCCGAGGGUCUAG